UUAUACAACGCGUGACAAUCGUGUUCUUGACCGUCCAUUUCAUGUCAUAACAUUGAUUAAACUUUAAAAAAAUCUUCUCGUUAUCUCGCUUCUGCUUCUCCUCAUCGCCAAUUCAAUCAUAUUAUUGUAUGGUCAAUACUACAAUUUUCUGGAUUUUCAAUUUCUCUGAUUCCUGCUGUGUUUUGCUCCAAUCAUAUUAUUUCGCGGUUCUCACACGGAAUCUCAGCUCUGGGGUAUUUGACAUCGUCCCGACAAGAUGCUAGUCUCUGCACUACUAAUGUCGGUUGGGAUAAACUCCUGCCUCUGUGUAUUGCUCUUCAUACUCUACUCUAUCCUGAGGAAGCAGCCACACAACUACGAAGUUUUCCUACCCCGCCGGCUCGUGGCCGGGACCUCCAAAAGAAGACGCAACAAAGUCGCUAGGUACAUCCCUUCUGUUCGCUGGAUUUGGAAAUCCUGGCGGCCGACCGAAGAGCAACUCAUGGAGUCAUCUGGCCUUGACGGCGUUGUGUUCAUGAGAAUGAUCACUUUCAGUUUGAAAGUGUUCUUGUUUGCUGGGAUCAUUGGUGUUUUUGUUAUCUUGCCUGUCAACGUCUUCGGUGAUCAACUUACACAGAUUAACUAUGCUGACUGGUCUGCCAAUUCCCUGGAUAUCUUUUCUGUUGUUAAUCUCAAUACACGCUCACCAUGGCUGUGGGUUCACUUUGGAGCUAUAUAUCUUGUCACUGCUUUUGUCUGCUGUCUUCUUUACUUGGAAUUCAGAUAUAUUGGCAUGAAAAGGAUUGAGUAUUUUCAUUCAUCCAAACCUCAGCCACAGCAGUUCACCAUCUUGGUUCGUAAUAUCCCUUCUGAUGAUGGAAGAAGAACUGUGAGCGACGCUGUUGAUAAUUUCUUCAGAGAAAAUCAUCCCUCUACUUACCUCUCUCAUGUGGUUAUCCAUCGAACAAGUAAGCUUCGAAGCGUCGUUGUAAGUCCUGAAAACACACACAGUAUAUAUCUCCUUGCUACCGUGUUCUGUGUUACAACCUUAUCUUUUGGUUUACGCUUCUUGCAGGAUAAUGCCAAGAAGUUAUAUAAAAAGGUUCAUCAUAAGAAGUCAGAUCCCCAGCGGGUUAAAAAGACGCCAAUGAGAUUCUUCAGUCGCAAGGACACUCCCGAGGGUCACUACGAGAAAGUGUUGCAGGAACUCGAACACAACAUACGUUUAGGCCAAGCUGAAGUUUCAUCACCCGGAAAAGAAGUUCGAGCUGCUUUUGUAUCAUUCAAGUCUCGUUACGGUGCUGCGAUGGCACUCCACAUGCCUCAAUCAGUCAACCCUACUCACUGGCUCACAGAACCAGCACCAGAGCCUCACGAUGUCCACUGGCCUUUCUUCUCUGCGUCAUUUAUGCAGAAAUGGCUUUCUAAGAUCGUCAUCGCCUUCGCUUGUCUCAUCCUUACCACCUUGUUUCUUGUCCCGGUCGUGCUUGUCCAAGGUCUCACCAACCUCUCUGCACUCGAAUACUUCUUCCCCUUCCUCACUUUGAUUCUAUCAAUGAAGAUUGUGAGUCAAAUCAUAACCGGCUACCUUCCGAGUCUUAUACUUCAGACAUCACUCAAAAUAGUACCACCAAUCAUGGAGUUCCUCUCUUCUUUCCAAGGCCACAUCUGCCACAGCGACAUACAAAAAAGCGCUUGCAACAAGGUGAUCUGGUUCACUAUAUGGAACGUCUUCUUCGCUACCGUUUUCUCCGGCUCGGCCUUCUACAAGCUCUCCGUGAUCCUCGAUCCCAAGGAGAUUCUUUUCAAGCUGGCCGUCGCCGUUCCAGCUCAGGCGUCUUUUUUCAUCGCCUACGUGGUGACUACUGGAUGGACUGAUACUCUCACCGAACUCUUCCGCGUGGUUCCUUUCAUGGUCAGUUACGUGAAGAGAUCGCUGGAACCAACGGAGGAAGAGUUCGAAGUCCCGCCUAUGCGGUACCAUAGAGACACCCCGAGAGUUCUCUUCUUCGGGCUACUUGGGAUUACAUACUUCUUCUUAGCUCCGUUGAUUCUCCCUUUCAUUUUUUUAUACUUUGUCCUUGCUUACAUCAUCUACCGUAACCAGUUUAUAAACGUGUAUGAACCAAAGUACGAAACAGGAGGGAUGUUUUGGCCAAUGAUACACUAUACGAUGAUAUUCUCUCUUGUACUCAUGCACGGUAUCGCGAUCGGUCUAUUUGCACUCAAGAAGAUGGAACUAGCUACCUACUUGCUCGUUCCUCUUCCGGUUUUCACUCUUCUCUUCAACGAGUUCUGUCGUAAACGCUUCAUGCCUAUAUUCACGGCCUAUCCCGCCGAGGUGCUGACAAAGAGGGAUAGGGAAGAUCAGAACGAUCCAAGAAUGGGUGAGUUUUACCAUAACUUGGUGAGUGCGUACCAAGAUCCUGCUCUGCGCCCGCUUCGAUUCUCAGGAAGCAGCAGAAACGAUAGCCUCACUAGUCCUCUUCUCUCUUCCACUUCGACUUCGGGUGAAGUUUGAUUUCUCUUCUGUUCUAUAUAGCUUUUGCCUUUGUACACACUUGUGAAUAUAUGCUUCAUUUAUAUAUCUAGUGACUGAUUUGUAAAUCUUUCUCAUGAGAUUUCCUAGUUUAUAUUAUAAUAAACGGAUUGUUUAUUAUAA